GGCAAACCUGACUGUUUGAAAAAUCUCACAUUCCUUCGUACUGGAAUACUAGACUCUUUGGAAGGAGAAGAAUUUGAAAAUUUGGUUAAAGAGCAUGGUGGAAAGGUGGUACAUGGUGUUUCCAAAAAAGUGAACUAUCUUGUUGUUGGUGAAGAUCCAGGUCCGGUUAAGCUCGAUAAAGCUAGGGGUCUCAAUAUACCAGAGAUCAAUGAAGACGAAUUCUUAGAUAUGAUUUUGGUGAAGUCCGGCAUGAAAGCCAAGUUUUCAAAAAUGAUCUCCGAUGUUUCCAUAGAAUCAGGUAUCGCCACUGAAGAAGAACCUGAAAAAAACAAAACUAAAGAAAUCAAGAAGGAGGAAAAAGUGAGAAGCAAGUCUAAAGAUAAGUCGUCCAAAGAAGAAGCAAAAGAAAAGAUUUCUGAAUCUAAAAAAUUUGCAGAAAACAAAGAUAGUGAAAAAUCCAAAAUUCAUUCAUCGAAGCCUAAAGAAAAAGCUGCUUCUAGAGAAUCUCUGAAAGAAAAAAAUGUAGAAAACAAGGAGAGUAAAAAUUCUAAAAGCAAUUCAUCAAAACCUAAAGAAAAAACUGAUUCUAGAGUAUCUCAUGAAGAACAACAUAAACUGAAAGAUACUCCUAGUGAAAAAGGUAAACCUUUCAAAUCUGAAGACUUACCACAAAUUGAUCGUCCCAAGACAGCGACUUCGGAUGACUGUAUGUCUUGGACGGAGAAGUACAAACCAAAAGACUUAAAGGGAAUAAUUGGGCAGCAGGGCGAUAGCAGUAAUAUGAGUAAAUUGCAGAAAUGGUUGAAAAACUGGUACAGAAACCAACUUCCAGAAGUACGUAAGAAAAUACCUAGGCCUUCGCCUUGGGCUAAGAAUGACGAUGGAGCUUUUUACAAAGCUGCAUUAUUAAGUGGCCCCCCUGGAGUAGGAAAAACAACAACAGCCACUUUGGUAUCUAAAGACAUGGGCUUCGAUGUAGUUGAAUUCAAUGCGUCCGACACCAGGAGUAAAAGAUUAUUGCAUGAAGAGGUGUCUCAGUUAUUGAGUACCACAACUAUCGCUGGAUUUGCUGCUGGCAAAAAGACAACUGACAAAAAACGCGUUCUCUUGAUGGACGAAGUUGAUGGAAUGGCUGGCAACGAAGAUAGAGGAGGAAUUCAAGAACUGAUCAACCUCAUAAAAAAUACCAGCAUUCCCAUAAUUUGCAUGUGUAAUGACAGAAACCACCAGAAAAUGAGGUCGUUGGUCAAUUAUUGCUUCGAUCUGAGGUUUAACAAACCUCGACCUGAACAAAUCAGGGGAGCAAUGAUGUCCAUCUGUUUCAAAGAAGGUAUCAAAAUCCCUCCUGCUGCCCUUUCGGAAAUAAUCACAGGUACCGGAUGCGACAUUCGGCAGACUUUGAACCACUUGGCUAUGUGGUCAGCGGACGAGAAAAAUCUGUCUUUGGACACUGUUCAGAAAGAGACGAAAUCUUCGAAGAAAGAUACGAUUUUGGGACCGUGGGAGGUUAUCAAGAUGGUUUUCAGCCAGUCCGAACACAAAGAUAUGACUGUAGCCGAUAGAUCCAGGCUGUUCUUUUACGAUUACAGUUUAGGGCCGCUGUUUGUACAGGAGAAUUAUUUGAACGUAACCACUAAUUGUCCAAGAAAAGACAUUAUGAAGCGAGUGGCUCUUGCCGCUGACGCUAUCAGCAUGGGAGAUUUGAUAGAUUCCAAAAUAAGAGGUUCGAAUAAUUGGUCCCUUCUGGAAAGUCAGGCCAUAUAUUCGUCAGUGCUUCCGGGAUUUUACAUGUCCGGAUCUAUUAGUGGCAGAAUUAAUUUUCCGGGCUGGUUAGGAAAGAAUUCGUCUGCCAAUAAACACAAGAGGAUGCUCAGCGAGCUACAAGUUCACACCAGAAUAAGUACUUCUGGGAACAAGAUGGCUAUGAAACUGGACUAUUUACUACCCCUGCGAAACGCCAUAAUACUUCCUUUGAAAAAAUAUGGUACAGAUGGAAUACAUCAAGCUAUCCAAGUAAUGAAAGCCUACAAUCUGCUGAGAGAAGAUUUGACGAAUCUCAUUGAACUUUGUCAGUGGAAAGACGCUAAGAACCCCUUCAACGAUAUCGACGCCAAGGUCAAAUCCGCUUUUACGAGGGCUUACAACAAAGAAACCCCUCUGUUGCCUUUUGCUCCAGGAGCUGGAUUUUCAAAGAAGAAAAUGAGCAGCGAAGAGGCCGAUUUGUUGGAUACUGAGGAUUUUGAAGAGUCUGACACCGAGGAGAAAGACGAUGUCACUGCUGAUACUAUGAUUAAGGUCAAAACUAAAGCAGAUAAGAGUAAGAAAGAGAGCGCCAAAGCCAGUACUAGCAAGGGAAAAGAAACUUCAAAAGGCAAAACAAAAACAAAGAAGAAAUAAAUUGAAAUCUCGUAAUUGUUUAUGCUAUAUUGAAUCUUCAAGGAAACAUUUUUGAACUGCUGAUAUUUUUGUCGUCUCAUCUGUAAUAAUUUUAUUUUUUUACAAAAACAAUGUCGGUGUUUAUUUCCGAAAACGUUGUACGUAGUUUACGUUUUGUUGCUUAUUAUAUAUUUUUUGUAA